AUGGAGUCAACUCAAUUCAUAAACCACUCCGACACACCUAAGCUCGCCGAAUCUAAUAUGGAACAUGUCAAGAACAUUCUGCCCACACUGCCGGCAAUACUACGCCUUCCACGCGAGCUGAGAGACCUCAUUUACGAGCAUUAUGUCCAGGUCGACGGUGGCUACAUCCAUAACAUCGAGACAAACCGACUUCUACAGGCCGACGGUUCUCCCAUCUCCACCGGCCUCGCUCUUACAUGCCGCCAGAUUGCAGCCGAAAUGCAAGGGCUUGCGCUCGGGCAGAAUACCAUCACCUUCCACACCCACUUCUCAGAGUCUACACGACAGCAAGCCGGUCUGUUCCAUAUAACGAUGUAUACUAUAAUGUUCCGUAAGAAGAUCCAGCUACAACGACUCAUACCUCGACUUCUAUCCUACGACAUGGUACAAAGGGCAAUCGACGCAUACCCGCAAUUCGCUCAGAUCUUUGACGGUUGGACGCCGCACCAGUCUGUCGUCGCCUUACACAAGCGAGAUUUCGAUUGUGGAGAAGCACCGUCCACGUGGGACGAUUUCAUUCAAUAUGUUUUCCAUCUGCUAUCGAAGCAUCCCGCAUUCCACGACGAAGCGGAGCACCGGAAUACCGCCAUUCGGCGGCGUCUGUAG